AUGUAUGGUCCCCAAGAGAGGGACCUACCAUCGAAGAAGCCUGUAGGAUAUAUUAGAUUAGAUUAUAAGGGUCCCUACGGAACCCCGAAGGGACAGGACAGGCCGCCUCCCCGGGUUCCGGGGAGGGACCCUCCACCAUCCCCUCGGGAUGUACCAUUGAACCCCCUGAAGAUAAGUAUCCCCCACUCUUUCAAAGAGUGGGGAUCCGAAAGGAU